GGUCCUUCGGGAAGGCUCGAGAGUGCCCCUGUGGCGUCUGGCGUAAUGCCGUUCUAAUCCCCAUCCCAAUCCCUAGCAUCCAGAUCUCUUCUCAGCAGCCGAUUUUCUUUCUCUCUCCGCACUCUAGCUUCUAGAUCUCCUCUGCACAACUGGUUUCCUCUUUCUCUUGACUUUGUUGUCUGAGUUUCUUCCGGUUUUGUCUAAGAUUUGUCAGUUCGAUGGAAGACAAUCAGCCGCCGGUGGUCCAAGAUGAGGAAAGGGGCGAACAAAGGGGAGCUGGUCAAGCAGAGGCCUGGGAAGUGUCGGACACCCCGGAGUUGGCUCUGAAUCUUCAAACCAUGAGUAUCUCGGCGCCAAGGAUUCAGAACUUGCGUGCAACCCAGGUCAGUUCAGAUCCGCAGAUUGAGUCUUGCUACAAUCUGCUCAUGAAAGUGGCAUGUACUGGUGGUACACCAAGAUUUCUGUCUCAGCAAGCUAUUUCUCAAGCUAUGGCCCGAGCAUGGAGGCACCAUUUCCAUGCAAUAUCUCAGGUGUCAGAGCACCUCUUUAUGGCUCACUUUACCUCUCAAGAAUCGAUGAUGUUCGUAUAUACUCGACAGCCAUGGUCUAUGGGUUCAGAUAAUAUCCUCUUAGAGUGGAUAGAUCCUAUAGAUGAAUCCAAGAUUAAGGAGGACUACAAAUUCGAGUAUAUUUAUGUGAAUGUUCGUGUUUAUGGAGUGCCAAGAAACCAUAGAUCUCUCAGUCUUCUACAGAGGAUCCUGUCCAUAAUUGGUAAGCCAUCUGAAUUCCAUCCUUUGCAAGAAAGUAUGAUGUUUGCUAGACCGGACUACAUUUGGGGUACAACCAAAUUUCACAUAAAAGAUUCAGUGAUAGAUAAGAUCAAUCUCACCUUGGAUGAUAACACUUCCAAGAUGGUCUAUCUUCAUUAUGAAAGGAUUGGUAGAAUUUGUCGGUUUUGUGGAGUCAUGUUUCAUACAGUCCAGCAUUGCCAAAAGAGGAAUGGCAUGAUCAUGGCAAGGGUGAGACAUGGAAGUACUGCAGAGGAUAUUCCGUUUUUCAGAUAUGGGGAAUGGGUUACGAAUUCAGAGAAAAUUCCUAAGCAGCCCAGUGAACAGGAAAGAGCUACUAACCCCAUACUCAGCAGAUUCCAAAGGAUGUUCCAAGAGGAUAAAGGAAAUGAUAAUGGAAAAAGGGUGAUUACUGAAGAACUUCAGUCUACAAGGUGGUCUCCAAUGCAUAUUAGUUAUGAAAAAGGAAUCAGAGGAGAAUUCUUCAUGGGUCAAACCUCAUCUGCUGCAAAUUCUGCUACUACGGGGCAACAAAUCACAGCUAAGGAAACCACUAAUCAGAUUUUGACUAUAGGUGAUCAAGAACAGCAAAAGGAGGGUAACGCAUUCGCCAAGCUGGCCAUGCAUGACAGCCAUCUCAGCCAGGAAAUACUCUCAGCCAACCAGCAGGUUCAGAGCAUUAACGCGCUAGAGGGACAAAUUGAAGGAGUAAAUAAAGAGCAGAGACUAUUGCAGAGUAUUCAACUUACACAGCAAGCUGGGCCUACAAUUCGCAAAGCUCCUGAGAUUUGCGACCCAGCGAUGCAAAUUGGGGCCAUUAGUACUCAUGGAAAAAAGGAAGAACGGAUGAAGGAUAUUCUCCCGUCUACUGAAUCGGGAAAUUUCAAUACAUGUGAUUCAAGAUUUUUCCCUUCUGGCUCAGGCGGUCCCAUUAGGAACCGCUUUAAUUUCACCGAGAGAUUGGGCAAUAGGACUGGCAUACACAGAAUUAGAAGCGCAACUCUAGAGAAAGCUGGUUGCCCCUACACUACUCGAAGUAGCAGAUCUUCUGCAGGACUGGACUCACAUGUAGGAGAGGACUGCAACUCAUGCCAUAUUAAUAAUCCUUCACCAACUUCCAAUGCUGGUUCUCUUGGAUCUCACUAUGGUGCUUUAUCCCCUCAAACGACAGUCAACAACACAUAUGUGGGCAUGGAUGCAGAUGCUGACUAUGGUGAUACCGGAAAGGCAACCCAAAUUAAAGAGCAAGCUCAAGACAUCGGCAAUACUAAUACUGUUGCAUUGCCAAUUCUGGAAACACAUUUUGGAGGUAAUAUGGAUGUUGAUGGGGCAAUGGCGCCAGCCCUUAAGGCGCCACGGGCGCCAUGAGGAUGAUGGCCUGGAACUGCCGAGGUAUAGGCCAGGGACUUGGCAGUAACAAGAUGUGCUACCUGGCUAGGUUGAUUCAUGCCACCAAAGCUCAGUUCCUUCCAAGGGUCGCUCGGGAGGACUCUGGCUGAUGUGGCAUGACGACCUCCAAAUCAAUGUACAUAUUUCUAAUUUCCAUGUUAUCCUAUCUUUAGUAGUUAAUAGAGUAACUAGGGAGGAGUUUGCUCUGGUUUGUAUCUAUGGUGAUCCCUACCACCGCCAAACAGACCAGAUUUGGGACCUUGUGGCAUCUUUUGUGUAUGAUAAUGCCAACAAGCCAAUAGUUUGUAUGGGAGAUCUUAACAACAUCUUGUAUGAUAUGGACAAAAGUUCUCCCCAUAUGAAUGCUACUCGUAUGUUUGCCUUU